AAGAAGAGAUGAAGUCGCUGUCAAGGCGCACAGACUGAACGAAGACUCGGAUAUGAGAAGAGAGGUGGAGUGUGAGAGAGGAUUGUAAAGAUCUUUGCUGAAGCUGUAUGAGAGUCGGCACCUGAGACUGUGGGAACCCAAUUAUCUGAGAUGUUUUACUGCAACACUUAGAGAAGUGAGACCCCCCCCCCCCCACCGACCUUCUCUCCCCUCCAGUGCACUCAGCGCCCCUACCUUAACGGGGAAAGAGACGGAGGUAGGAAGAGGAAGCAGCAUGAAGCUCUAACCUCAGCUUCAGCACUUCUCUGUUUUGUUCAAACAAAUCAUGAGGCGCCUCGAGGAACAUUUCCCACUUGGAUUGGCUGCGACUGGAAGAUGACGGGAGGUUUUCUCAGUGUUCCCAUCAUGAGGCCGAACCACCGCAGGACCAUCCUGCAAGUGUCCCUCUGGGCAGCGCUGCUUCUCACCUUAAAAGCUGACAAUGAAGAUUCAGAUUGUGAAGUUGAAACAAAAGUACCUCGCGACACGUAUUAUGAAGCUUUCCUCGGAGAAGACCUGAGGAUAAACUGCACGGUCGCUUUCUGCGACGAUUCACCACCAACAGUCUCCUGGUACAAACGUGAGGAAAAUGAUGUCCGUGUUAACGUCAGCAGCAGCAGUCACAUUACAACGGAGUGGAAACUUUUCAGCCGUUUAGAAGGGGGAUUGUUUUUGAUCUUUCAAAAAAUACUCCGAAACGACUCAGGUGUGUAUACGUGUCGAAGUGGAGGCAGUGUGAGUCACAACAUCAACGUCUCUGUCCACGGUGAGCGGGAGAGAUCGACAAGCGUCAAUGAGACAGAAGAAAGUAGCUUGGAUUCCAAUCCCACAGUAGAUGUGUGGCUGUACAUGUACUCUGCUGCUGGGAUUUUGGCAUUAGUCGUCAUGGUGAUAAUCAUAUCUGUCGUAUCAAUGCGAGGAUGUGAAGGGAAAUCAAAGGAAGAGACGCAAACUGAAAAUCAGUACACGGCAUUCCCCAUGGUGGAGCAACCCUUCCCCCACGCCAGGCCCCAGCCCUCGCCAAGAGGAAGUCCGUCUGCGCCGCCGUCUCGGAGAUCCUUCCGGACAAAAACACCGCCCUCACAACCCAAUGAGCUGCCAUUACCGAGAGACAAUGAGCAUGUUUACGGCAAGGUACAAGAGAACAGAGAGAGACGGGGGAACACGGCGGAGGAAGAGACGAGUUCUGUCGUGUACGCUGCUCUUAACCAUCAGCUUCCUGCGAGGGCUGCUGCCCAGCCACGGAGGCCCAAAGAGGAGCCUUCAGAGUACGCAGCUAUCCGUGUUAAAGACUCAUCACCAACUAGACUAAAUUACUUCAAAGCUGACGACUUCUCACAUUAGAAGGAGAAACGUAAAGCUAUCAGUUUUGUAAGAAUUGCUCUAUUGUCACAAAAUGAGGACGCUACAGCACAGACAUCCCAUCCAAUCGACCUGAGACUCAAAUAUCAAUUCAGCCAGAAGACCAAAGACAACCAGACUUAGACUGUUGAGCUAUGGCUGCAGGAUUGCUUCUUUUUUUGCAUCAUAAAACAGUCAAAUGUUGUAAGUUUUCCUUCAGUUAGAACAUGUCAUUUCUAAUAAACAGAUUCUGCAUAUGAA